AUGCAGAACCAAGUGGCCAAAGACUCGGCAUCAACUCCGGUUGGGCCGCCUCCCCUCUCCUUCACCCAAGGACCACGAAUCACAGCAAACUAUCCCACCGUCACCGCCGCCUUCUAUCAUAAUGCAGAGACUCAGCCUGAUGUCACUGCAGGCCGCGACCUGUCGGCACCCCAGAUUCGAGAGAUCACAUACGGCGAGCUCGCUCGUCGAGCCAACCAGCUCUCCAGGAAACUGACAAAGCUUGGCGUCAGACCCGGAGAUCGUGUCCCGCUUGUCGUAAAGCGAGGCAUUGACAUGUUGGUUGGCAUUGUUGCGAUCCUGUCUUGUGGAGCGCAGUAUGUGCCCCUCGAUGGUGGUGUGGUUCCCGACUCUACGCUCCGCUUCGUCCUCGAGCAGGCCGGAGGCAAGCACGUCCUCUGCCUCAACUCGACAAAACAUCGCUUCGAGACCCUCGGGGUGCCUUGUGAGACCUUGGUGAUUGACGAAGAGCGGGAGAAGGAUCCCGAGCAUGCGCAAAUCCUGCCCUAUCAGGACUUAGCUGAGACACACCACGGCUGCUAUGUGAUCUACACUUCAGGAACUACGGGUACUCCGAAAGGGGUGGAUGUCACCCACAAGAACGUGACUAACCUGGUGUGCCUGUCGCCCGGGAAUCUGGGUAUCUCGGCCGGUACCAGAGUGGGCCAGGUACUGAAUAUCAGUUUCGACAUGGCGGCGUGGGAGAUGCUAGGUUGCCUCUGCAACGGCGGAACCCUGGUUCUUCGAGGCUCAAAAUGGGAACCCUGCAUCCGAGAGAUCCAAGUUCUGAUCUGCACACCCAGCAUCUUGGCCAAGUACGAUCCCCGGGAAUAUUCCAACAUCCGGGUUGCUGCGACCGCCGGCGAACCUAGUUCCCAGAGACUUGCCGAUCUUUGGGGAGCUCACGCAAAGUACUACAACUGCUGUGGUCCUACCGAGACAACGAUUGUCAACACCAUGCACCUCCACCAACCAGGACAGACCUUGACCAUUGGCAAGCCAACCCCCAAUAACACCGUCUAUGUUCUCGAUGAUGAAGGAAACUCUCUCGGGGUUGGUGAGCCCGGCGUUAUGUGGGCCGGUGGACAUGGCAUCUCUCGGGGAUACGUCUCCCUCCCCGAAAAAACGGCUGAGAGAUACAAACUUGAUCCUUUCGCCAAUGACGGAUCCAUGAUGUACAACACCGGAGAUCUUGGACGAUGGAGGCAAGACGGGUCGAUCGACAUCCUCGGAAGAGUCGAUGACCAGAUCAAGAUCAAGGGUUUCCGAGUCGAACUCGAUGGAGUCACCUCUUCAAUCAACUCAUGCCCCGUCGUCUCAAGGGCAACUGCCCUCCUGAUCGACAACGAGAUCCACGGCUUCGUCGCCCCCAAGGACUGCGACCUCGACACCAUCCAGGUCCACGUCCGCGCCCGUCAGCCCUACUACGCCGUCCCAACAAAAUUCCACUUCCUCGAUGCCUUGCCCCUUACUUCAAACGGCAAGGUGGAUAAGCGGGCUCUGAAGGACAUGGUCACCGAGGACACCAUCGACAAGAAGGAGCCCAACGUCACCGUCAGAGAGACCAGCUCCAAGGAGUCCCUCUCCGUGGACAGCCAGUCCACCACCGCCGACGAGAAGUCCCAGUCUUCCUCGUCCAGCUUCACCGAGAUCGACGAGAAGCUCGACCUCGACCGCGAAAUUCCCGGAAAGACCUUGGAUCGCCCCUACCGCGGCUUCGUCCACCGCAUCGCCAUCGUCUACCGCCGCCUGUUUACGAUCGUCGGGCUCUUCAACAUUGGCGCCGUCAUCGCCCUCAUCUUUGCCGGCUUCACCAGAGACUGGCUCGGUACCCUCACGGCCAUCAACCUCCUCGUCGCCGUCUUGGCACGUCAAGACUUUGUCAUCAACGCCAUGUACACCAUCACCUGCAACGUCCCCAAGUCCUGGCCCCUCAGCAUCAGGAAGCGAUGCGCAAAGAUCUUCCACUUUGGUGGCGUUCACUCGGGCGCGGCUGUCUCUGCGGGUGCUUGGCUGCUCGCGUCAAACAUCAGCUCUGAGGUUUGCCAACUGACUGAGUGUCCGAACUGGGGCCACCAAUCCAUCGCCUCCAAGGUCAUCUCUUGGUUGCUGACCGGGCUGUUCACCAUCACCAUCGCCCUGGCCUGGCCCGGAUUCAGGAAGAAGCACCACGACAUGUUCGAGAAGACCCAUCGCUUUGUAGGAUGGACUAUGCUCGGCCUCUUCUGGGCUCAGAUCGUGCUCGCUGCCAACGACGGCAAGGUCUCAUCCAUGUCUCUCGGCGAAGCCUGCGUCCGCACCCCUGGCUUCUGGAUGCUCGCCUUGGCAACCCUCAGCAUCGCGUCAUCCUGGUUCUUCCUCCGCAAGGUUCCCGUCGACGCCGAGGUCCUCUCCAACCACGCCGCCAGACUUCACUUUGACUACACCGUCCCCGUCAACGGCAGCUUCGCCCGCCUCUCCAUGAGACCUCUCCUCGAGUGGCACUCUUUCGCAACCAUCCCAGCUCCCAGGCCUGUGGGAGGACGCCCCAAGGGAUUCUCUCUGGUCGUCUCUAACGCAGGCGACUGGACCAAGAACGCCAUCCAGAAGCCCCCCACGCACAUCUGGGUGCGCGGUGUCCCGACCUGUGGUGUCAUGCGCAUUGCCACCUGCUUCAACCGCAUCGUCGUCAUCGCUACCGGCUCCGGCAUUGGUCCUCUUCUCGGCCAUAUCCAGGAGCAGAGCUGUGCGACUCAGCUCAUCUGGUCCACGCCGAAGCCCGAGCAGACUUUCGGAAAGGAGCUGCUCGAUAACAUCAAGGAGAAGAUCCCCAACGCGGUCAUCCACGACACCAAGGUGUCUGGCCGUCCUGACCUGGUCAAGAUGGGAUACAACCUGGCGAAGAGCUUUGAUGCGGAGGCUGUCAUCAUCAUUGCGAACGAGAAGAUCACCAAGAAGGUGGUCUAUGGUCUCGAGACCCGAGGUGUUCCUGCCUACGGUGCCAUUUGGGACUCUUGA